GGAUCGCUGUUUGACGACCACAACCACCACACGCUCCGUGCGCCUCCUCAAGACAUUAUAAUUAUUGGUCUCCCUUAAGCCUCAAUGUUGAAAGUUACCUUUCUCAAUCUCACGGAGCAAGAAAUAGCAUGUUCAUGGGAAUCUAAAUCGCGUACUGUCUCGUACAAACAGGAGUUGCUUUCACCACCCUCGCUGUCGACUAGCAUCAACAUCUCCAAGAGGUGUUGUCGACAUCUAUCGUUCUCAUCUGCAAACAAAGAAGCAGUAGAAGAUGUCAAAACUGUCGGUCUUGUAACAGAGAUUUCUCUGUCGCUAAGUGCGUCAUGGCAAGCCAUCAAACUUCCUGAGGAUAGCCCUUGGAGGAUGUACUCUGUGAAAGUUGAGAAGAAGCACUACCGAAUAGCCAUCUUUCCUCGCCGAAACCUCGCCGGUUUCCUCUGCAACGUUCAUGAUGAUGUACCAUUAUCAUCCGUUCUGCUACCAGGGACUCAUGAUACCAUGGCAUUCUACGGAUGGCCGAUAUCCCAGUGUCAAACCCUCGACACACCUCUCAAAGUCCAACUCGAAUCCGGUAUCCGCGUCAUAGACAUCCGUCUUUCCCUCGUUAAAGGAACUCUCAUCGCCUACCACGGUGUAUACCCACAGAAGACACCCUUCUCUGCGAUUCUCGCUACACUCUAUGCCUUCCUUUUCAACCCAGUUUCGUCGAGAGAAACGGUGGUCAUGUCUAUAAAGCAAGAAGAUUACAGUAAUACUUCGCAACAAGACUUUUCUAGAGCUGUACAUGACGAGAUUGCGAAUAGUCCUGGAGGGUUGGAGUUGUUCUAUUUGGAGAAUAGCAUUCCGAGUUUGGGUGAGGUGAGAGGGAAGGUUGUACUGUUUAGUCGGUUUAACGGAUGGGAUUCUUGGGACGACGGGAAACUGGGAAUACAUCCGACGACGUGGCCGGAUAGUGAGAGGAACGGUUUUACCUGGGAGUGUGAGGGAACACAUGUAAGGACGCAUGACUGGUAUGCGAUUCCAUCAUUCCUUUUUAUUCCAGAGAAAGUCAAACUUGCGACGGAAACUCUUCUUCCUCCGUUGAAUCCUAAACCAACAUUGUCGAUCUCGUUCUUCUCGGCCUCAUCGUUCCCAUUUGCGUCUCCGCCGACUAUCGCGCAAGGGUUUGGUUGGCCUAAGUUGGGGUUAGGUGUGGAGGGUGUGAAUAGCCGGGUUGGAAAAUGGCUGCUGGACAUGUUGUCGAAGAGUGCUGCAGAGAAUGCGACUUUGCAUGAACGUGAUCUGUCCUCCAGCUCAUCCACUGCCCUCAAUGACAAUGAGAAGACUAUUAGUGCUCAGGCUGAAGAGCCGCGAUUGAGAGGUUGGGCGCUGAUGGAUUACUAUAAUAACCCCGAGCAUGCCUUGGUUCCCCUACUUGUUGAGUGUAAUUUCAGAGGACGUAGAGCCGGAGAGGAAGGCUGGUAGCGGUGACCAAUACAUGUAUAGAUGAUGUUUCCUUUUUUUCUUUGUUCUGGGACCUUGACUACUUAUACUCUCAUAAUGAUUACUGAUCUUACGCACUCUCUACAUUUCUUCAUUCAUAUAUACCAAUACACGUUCUUCGCACCUUCCUGGAUAGCCGUUCCUCGCUUUACUUCUUGCCACUAGAAAUCUCCGCAAGGUUCCUGUACUAAACAGUUCUAUGUCCUAUCCUCAC